AUGACAGAAAUUAGAAAGCUGGCCGACAACUUCCCCGAGGCCCCCGCGUAUCGUGAUGUCUUGGCUACCCUCGACUGGGACAACCUGGACAAGCCGAAUGAUGAUACUUUCAUUGAUGAGACUGCCACCGGUUUCGAAGCUCUGAAGGACCCGAACACAAACGUUCGCUCUUGGCUAACCAGAUGGAGUGCUCUUGUCCAUGAUAGACUGAAGAGUUCCUCCGGAUCUGUGCCUGUGGGUGAAGACCCGAGCAUGACCGCUCAGGGCGUGUUCAAGUAUCUCCUUUAUGGAGCUGAAGUGGCCGGCGUUGACCUCGAGAUGGCGACCCUAGCUGGGUUAGGCUCAGCGAAGACGCACGAGGACAGGGUGGUGUUUGUCUUAAAACGCCGUGAGGCUGCUGACAAGAAGAACGAGCGGCACGUUGAGGAUGUUCCAACCGAGAGACAAAAGUCCGGUCUGACCUGGAUUUGA